CUAUGGAAGACGCAGUACUGAGUCAUAGGUCCAUAAUCGGUCAAUGGGGAGCAAUUUCGGAAUGGUUUCCAAGCCUACAAUUAUGGACAAAGAAAAUAUAAAAAAAUACAGAAUUUGAAGUCAACGGUAACUAUAAUAAUAAUAAUGGGCGUUGCUAUAAUAAAGUGGACUUUUUUGCAUUUGUUUGACAAAGAUAGAGCUGUAAAAGAGUUGUUCAAAUUGGUUCCACAUCAGAAAGAAGAGACUAAUUGAGAUGUUGAGAAGGAGUGAUGAAGAUUGAAGACAAGUUGAAAUCAAAGAUGUUGCCUACAAUGACCAUUCAUGAAUGCGCACAGUCCGGAAAUGUCACUGGCUUCGUAAGGUUGCUUCGCCAUGAUCCUUCUCUUCUUAACCAAACAAGUCCUCUCAUGGUACAAACGCCAUUACAUUACGCUGCUAGUCUCGAUAGACUUCAGAUAGUCGCAUAUUUGAUUGGCUGGGGAGGUCCCGGAAAGCUGGAGUUGGAAGCUAAAAAUGUUUAUGGUGAGACCCCAUUGCACGUCGCUGCAAAGAAUGGAUGCAAUGAGACACUCAAGUUGCUUCUCGACUACAGUGCCUAUAUUGAAGCAACAACAAAUGUACUAUUUUAUUACUCGUUUACUAUUUGGUUUGCUCUGAAUUUAUUGCAGAAAUCAAUGACUCCAUUACAUCUUGCUGUUGGUUACGCACUUGGAUCUGGGGACAACACGACUGUGAAAAUAUUGUUACAAUACAAUGCUAAUCGCUCUGCCAAAGACAAUGAGGGCAUGAUUCCUUUCAACUAUCUUCCAGCAGGCUUACAAAACGAGGAGUUGAUCAGACUCCUGAAAGUCGAUGUUCCAAAUUUAAUUAAUAAUUUUACAUCAGAGCAGAUGUUUUACAAUACAAAUACAACAGGCUAUUCAUCAUAUCAGAAUAAUAAUCCUGUUAACAACAAUUGUACACCACAGUAUAACAAGACGAUGGAGCAGAUUUACAGUACAAUAGGCAUCUCAUUGCCUGGAAAUCCGAGCCUCAGUUCUUCGUCACAUUUUAACAACAUCAUGGAACAGUACAACAGUUCAACAACAGGAGAUCUUAUAAACCUGGAGAUCAACUGCAGUACAUCAUCAACUCCUGUACAACAAAUAAAUCUUGUCAGUACAACGAAUGAUUACAAUGGAAUAGAAGCAAAGAUGGAUGAGUUCGAUAAUGAAAUGUCAAAGAUAGUGGGAUUGAAUGAUCUUAAACUUCAGCUCAAUAAAUGGGCAAAGGGAAUUCUCAUGGAUGAGAAACGCCGAGCCAUGGGAAUAAACCUUGGACCAAAAAAACCACCUCACAUGGCAUUCCUCGGGAAUCCCGGGACAGGUAAGACAACCGUAGCACGAAUACUUGGCAAACUGCUUAAAUCUGUUGGCGUUCUUUCUUCUGAUAAAGUGAUAGAAGUACAAAGAACUGAUUUGGUUGGAGAGUACAUUGGUCAAACUGGACCCAAGACUAGAAAAAAAAUAGAAGAGGCAAUGGGGGGCAUUUUGUUCGUGGACGAAGCGUAUCGCUUAGCACCCGUUCAGGGUACAGGUCAUUGCCAAGACUUAGGUGUGGAGGCAUUGGAAGAGAUAAUGUCGGUUUUGGAAGAUGGCAAUCUUGUGAUUAUUUUUGCAGGCUAUACCGAUGACAUGAAGCGUGUGUUCUCUUCGAAUGCUGGAUUUUGCAGAAGAGUGACUCACUUUUUCCAGUUUGAUGAUUUCACAUGCAAAGAUCUUGCGGAGAUGCUGAUGAUAAAGAUGAGUAAGCAAGACGAAAAUAGCCGGUUCUACGGAUUUAAACUCCAUCCUUCGUGUACUUGUGGUGCUGUUCUUGCGGUGAUAGAGAGAAACUCCACUGAGAAGUUGCGCAAUAAACUAAAUGGAAGUUUGGUGGAUAUUAUGCUGAACAAUGCGAGAGAAAAUCUGGACUCGAGACUCAAUUUUAAUUCCUACGGUGAUGAACUUUUGACGAUAACAUUGGGUGAUUUGGAGGCUGGACUUAAGACUUUAUCACAACGAGUGAAUGUCGUCGAUUGAAAGAGAGAAUAAAUGGCUAUAUGAAGACCUAAAUAGAGAGAUCGAUGCUCGAUUGUAUGUGAAUCCAAAUGCGAAUAUUUGCUGCCAAGUGAUCAUUGUUCAAGUUCAACUACUUUACGUUCCUUGGAAUAAUCGACUUUCGGUUUUAUAAAAAAA